AUGCCUCCCAUGCGCCAGGCCGCGCGGAUCCGGUCCCAGGCAGCCGGAUCCGGCCUCAAGCUGCGCUGUCGCCGGACUUGGCCUCCCCGGCCGUGCGGAUCCGGCCUCGGGCAGCCCGGAUCCGGCCGCGCCGCCCCCGGAGUUGGCCGCUGGUACCACGUCCCGCCCUUACCGCCGGCGCAUCGCCGCCUGGGCACCUCCGCCCCACCACCCGAUCUGGCCGGAUCCGCCGCGGGGAGACCGGAUCCACCACAGCACGCUGCAGGGAGGGGAGCGCCUCGUGCUGGUGGAAGAGCUCGGGUGAGUGGAGCGCUGCCGCCGCGCCUACACCCGCGCCGCCCGCCGCGGCCGCACCCGCUGGAGGAGAGGGCUACCCUGCCCGCGUCGCCCUGGGAGAGGGAGAUGGAUGGGGAUGCCAUCUCGCAGAAGAGGGAGAGGGAGAAGGGAGAGAGGGGCGGCGGCGGCGGGCCCUCUCGGGAGAGGAGGGUUAGGGCCGGCGUUGGGGCAGGUCAGGGGCAGGGGUGGAGAGAGAAAGGGGUGCGGCGACAGGGGUGGAAGAGGAAGUGA